UAGCGUUUGUUGAGUAGCGGCGGCGACCUCCGUACUCAAGCGGCGUGAGCGGGGUGCGGGUGGGCGGCGGGGCCAUGAACCUGGGAGAUGGUUUGAAGCUUGAAACUGAAUUAUUGGAUGGAAGAACCAAGCUGAUACUGUCUCCAUAUGAGCAUAAAUCAAAAGUUUCUGUGAAGAUGGGAAAUAAGAUCAAGAUUGCAAAAUGUCCUGUAAGAAUAAAACAGACUGGACACGUUCUAAAAUCAACACAGAAUUCUUACAUUAGGAAUGAAAACGGUUUUCAAAAGAAGAUAAUUAGUUCAGAAACUUCACAAGCAAAACCUGAGAAAAGUAGAUUAACACUUUCACCUUCUAAGGAUUUAUGUCAGCAAUAUGCAGAAAAAGACUGUCUUCAUUCCCAAAAACAGUCUUUACUUGCAACCUCUAAUAUACAGAAGGCUAUAAACACCACAGAUAAAUGCGUAGUGGAUAAACAGAAGUCUUGUAAAACACACACCACCGAAAAUAUGAACAGCAGCAUGGUGUGUCUAACACAGGACCAACUACGGCAGAUUUUGAUGAGUAUAAACCAAGGAAAUGGAUCUGUACCCCUGACUGAAACUGGUCAAGAUAGUUUACAUUUGAUCAAUAUUCCUGGCCAGCCCAACGAUGUGAAAGUGCAGAAAAUGGAGGCUGUUCCACUUGUCUCAAAUGGAAAUAAAUAUGUCUUCACUGGAACGCAAGAGGCUUUUCAACAGUGUGAACAGAGAAUUGCCAUAGAGAACGAGUGGAAACCAGCUGAUAUAUUCAGUACUCUGGGGGAACGGGAGCGUGAUAAAAGUUUGUUGGAAGCAAGAAGAGCCCAGUGGAAAAAAGAGCUAGAUGAACAGGUUGCUUUAAAGAAGAAAGAAAAAGAAGCCUCUCAAAAUUGGAAUAAUCCUUGGAGAAAAUCUGAAAUAGUACGUGAGAAACUUCAAAUCCUUAACCAAUCUAAGGAAGCUGGACUGCCAGAGUCUCCAUGCAGCAAUGUCAAAGAGGAGCAGCAGAGAAAUUGGACUGAAGACUUGAGUAAACAAGCAGAUGACCAGCAAAGGAAAAUAGAGGGAAAAAUGAUAUAUGCAAAGGGUGAGGAACAUGACAGAUGGGCAGUGCAUUUUGAUUCGUUAAAGAGUCUUCCUGGGUCUCAGUCUCAGCUGUCCUGUCAGUUAACACAUCAACACCCGGAGUCGUUUUGUAUUUCUCCUGACACUCAGGAGCUGGCUGAUGUCAACAGCAUUUACACCCCUCCGCCUGCCAUCCAGGUGGGACCUUCAGAGGAGGAACAGAGAGCCAAGCCUGCUGCAGAUAUGGUUGUAUCACACAGUCAGAAAACAAACUUUCUCCGUUCUAUGACUGCACUCUUGGACCCAGCACAGAUUGAGGAGCGGGAAAGACGCCGGCACAAACAGUUAGAACAUCAGAAAGCAAUCAUGGCUCAGGUGGAAGAGAACCGCAGGAAGAAACGGCUAGAAGAAGAACAGAGAAAGAAGGAGGAGCAGGAAGAGGAGCAGCGCUUGGCCCGGGAACGGGAAGAAAUGCAGAGGCAGUAUGAAGAGGACAUUCUUAAGCAGAAGCACAAGGAAGAAAUGAUGACUCUAAAGACGAAUGAGCUGUUCCACACAAUGCAGCGAGCUCAGGAAUUGGCACAGAGACAGAAACAGGAACAGAGGAUCCGAGAACUGACUCAGAAAGGCCAUGACGCCUCCAGGCUGAUCAAAAAUCUUGGCUCACAAAUGGAUUAUAAGGCAUCCACUAACGAUUCCAGUCCAAGAAGUGAUGCUGAGGAGGCUGCCGAUGAAACAUGCCCAGCUGCCAUGCCCACAGCCUCUCCCAAGAAGGACACUGGAGUGCAGACAGAUGAUUUAAAUUUAGGAAUUUUCAACGAUGCACUACCACACUGUGGAUCACUAACAGAAAGGGACAUUAGAAACUCUUCUCCAGAGAUUCCUGCAGAAUUUAAUGGACAGAUUAGCACUGAAAAAGACAAACAAGAACUAAGUAUGAAUAAAGACACUAAUUUAGACAAAGAAAACAGCUGGUAUAAUGGCCAGUGUAAUCAGUAUAGAAGAACAGAGAAACAAAAACUUGUGAAGAAAUGUCCUAAAAAGCCUGCUUGGAAUAUAAAUAAGCCUCUCAAAAGGUAUGUUCCUGCAUCAGCAAAGUACCCUGUCCAUCUCCAGAGGGAGAAAGAAGAAAAAAAGGUAAGACGGCAGAUGGAACUGCUUCAUCUAUUAGAGAAAAACAACUCUGAGAACCUCUCCCAAAAUAGAGGCACUUCACCAGAAACUGCUUCAUCUCUUCGAGAAACUGAGUCAGAGACCAGAUUGCAUCUAAUCAAAAAGGUAGAAGAACCUCUGAAAACUCCUUCGGUUAUUAAAGAAUGGUUUCAGUCAUCACCAGCAGUAAAGAGUAGAACACAACAAACUCAGACUAAUUCAUUACAUUUACCACUAAAAAAUAGUGACUGUGGAAAAGAAAAUCUGGCUUUAGGAGAUGGUCAAACCAAAUUAUCAGAUGAGAUGUCUGAGAUACCUCAUUUUAUUCCCUACGUUCGAACAAAUGAGAUCUAUUAUCUUGAUCCAGAUGCACCCUUGUCUAGGCCUUCAAACCAGGACUACCAAUACCAAAAAUGUCAUGAUUGUGACCAACAACAAGAGCUAUUUGACUCUGACCAUACCAGGGAUCCUCUUCUUAAUCCUAAAUUGGUGAAAAACAGGGAUCGCCAACAAGCUAUCCUUAAGGGGCUUUCAGAACUAAGACAGGGUCUUCUCCAGAAACAAAAGGAGUUGGAAACGAAUCUCAUACCCUUAACUGCAAACCAAGAAGAUAAUUUUAGUUCUUCGUUUUAACUAUGCUAACCACUCAACUGCAUUUUCAAGCACCCAAU